AUGGCCGUCCGCCAGUACACGGCGGCGCAGCUGCUGGCGCUGAGGGAGUCGCCGCUGGUGUGCAAGCCCGACAACCUCCCCGCCAUCGAGCAAUGGAUAGAGUACGUGUACAUGGAGCGCGCAGACGGUGUGAGGGAGAAGCUAAGGAUUCCGCAUAGUGAGCCGUCGUCGUCGGCGCAGGCCCAGCAGCCCAAGCAGCAGCAGAGACAGCAGCAGCGUGUUAGUGCCGGCGCUGAGGGGAGUCCGAUGGGGAGCUUUUCGACGGGGAGGCCGACGCUCGGGACGAGGAGUAGUACUCUGAGGGGGAAUGGAGAAGAUAUUUCUCUGGGUCCGCCCAAGACCAUGUUCCCCAGCAGCAGAAACGUGUCCCGAUUGUCAGACUUGCCAGACCGCACUGCAACAACUAUAGGAGACGGAACUACGUCCGAGGAGCCAGAGAGCGCGCGCAGUCGUUUCUUCUCAGACCGGCAGCUCAAUCGCAGGAGCAUGAACAAUGAGAAGGAGGGUAAAGAUGGCAGAGACAACCGAGACAGCUGGACUAGUGUACGUGAGCGCAGAGAGAAGCAAGAUCGCGAGGAUGGCGAUCGACGCAAUGGCUUUGGCGAGCGACACGAUCCACGAUGGACGAGAGAUGACAGACGCAACGGCGACAGAGCAGGUGGAUGGCGCGAGCGAGAACAGCAACGACGCGACAGGGACCAUGAUCGAGUGGAGAAGGAGCCUGAAUGGAUGGACGACCCGGUUGUUAAGAAAGACCAAGAGCUUGGAUUUGGCAUGGCCCGCACACAAGAAGAGUUUCAGAAGUGGAAGGAGGGCAUGAGCAAGAAAGCCAAGGGUGACGUGGACAAGGCAGAGCCUGUUGAGACAGUAUCAGAACCAGCGCCUCCACCGCCUGAACCCAAGGCUAACGUCCCACCUUUGAAGCUCGAUGGCUUCGAGAGCGGCAUGUUUGGUGGCUGGGGUGCUGGCAGUGCCAAUACUGGCUCGCAAGGGGCGACCACACCUGGGGCCACAGGAUCCAUCAAGGCAUCCACUGGCAAGCCGAAGACGAGCCGCUUUGCUUCAAUGUUCAAGCCGUCCGCUGAAGAGACGCCCCCUACUCCAGCAGCAGAAGAGCCAAGUGCACAGCAGCCAGCAAAUGGACAUGCUGCCAAGACAACAGCAGAAGACCAAGAAGGCUUCAACAGGGUUUUGCAAAUGCUUGGGUCUGCGAAACUGGGCCAGCCUACCCCUCCUCAAGCAGAGCAGACUCCUGUUUCUCCUCCACCGCCCAUCAAGACCUCUGGCAUGAAUGGUGGAGCUGCAGCGAAGCCUAAGAGUCGUUUCACUGACAUGUUCGCACAGAAGAGCCCAGAGAGAUUGCAGUCACCACAGCAAGGCGGCGUUCAACUUGGAGAUAGUGUAUUUGGGAGUGAGUCUAAUGGACCAGCAGCUUCCUUUGGUGAUCGAAUGCCAGAGAGGCAAGUCGGCGAGCAGCAGAUUCCUCGAUCUCAGGCUCCUCAAUCUGCAAUGUCGCCUGAGCCUAGCGGCAUUCCAUUCAAUGCCCUACGAGAACAGCAGCCACGACCUGCGUCUGGACGCAUCAACGAUCUGGCCAUGUUUGAUCCGCCUUCACGACGCACUGCUUCACCUGACCUUAACGUGCAGAACCUGAUUGCCCAAAGCCGCCAGCGACAGCACGGAUCAAGCGAGAGUCAACAGCUGCUCAGCCUUUUGCGAAAGGAACCGUCGAGCUCUCGACCACCCUCGCAGCAGGCACUGCCUAAUUAUGGCGCCGUCGACCAGAUGCAGCAUUGGCUAAACAGUCAGCAACAACCUCAGAUGAACGCUGAGCCACAUGCCCCCAAGCCGAGAGUGCCUCAGCAACCUCCUGGUCUGUUUGAGGAGCAGCUAAUGCGCAACUACCCACCUGAGCAACAGCAACGCCAAGAGCAGCCUCAGAUGCCUCCUGGCAUGCAUGAACCGCAGAGGCGUCCGUCACAGCGUGUCCCACCAGGCUUCUACGAUGAGCCGUCCAUCUUCCUUCAGCAACAACAGCAACAACAGCAACAACAGCAGCAUCCGCAGCAACAGCAGAUGCGUCGACAAUUUGCUGAUGGUCCACCACUGCAGCAGCAAGUGCCAGGUGCAGGUCGCCGACCCAGCGCUCACCCCAACUUGCCCCAGAUGCAAAUCCCACAAGGCCAGCAAUUCCCGCCGUCGGAGUACCACCAGCUCACAUCACCCGUGGGUGCACAAGGUCCACCACCACCGGGCUUCAACCCGCACAUGCCACGCCAUCCCCCUGGCUUCCACAAUAUCAACAUCUUCCAACAGCCACAACAGCGCGAACCACCGCCGCCAGGAUUUGGAGGUCUGCAAAGCCCGCCAGCGAAUGCGCCACCGGGAUUCUUUGGGCCGCAAGGUAUUCCACCUGGUUUCCCGAUGCAGGCACAACAGAUGCGCAGUCCUACCGAUGGCCUGCCACCAGGUCGAGGCCGCGGCCUCUGGGCGGACCAACUCUGCAUCAAUCAAGCCAACAUCCACGAACGAAACCGCUAA